CCGGAAACGCCGCUGUGAAGAAGGCGCUCGUCUCAGUUUCAGUCUCCACAAUCGAACGAUGGUGACACAACGGCAAAAGGUCGGGAAGUGACCUGGCAGACGUGUGUGUGUGUGUGUGUGUGUUGAUGUCUGUGCAGGGGGACGAUUUGAAGUUUGUUGACUCUGAAAUGGGUGGUGUGCCGUCCACUGCACCGUCGUCAGUCGCUCCUACAGGGCGCGGCCCUGUUGGGCAGGCCGAUAUGGCCGAAUCAACCAGCUCAUCGAUGGGCUUCCUCAAGACGGCCAAGCAUCCCGUCGUGUGUUGCUUCCAUCUGGGAUUCAAACUGGCGGCUUUGAUUACGUAGGUGGCAGGACAGACAAGGACGGGGAAGAGACUCACCCUGACUGUCGGUGGGUGAUGGGCGUGUGUGUGUGCUGGCAGGUUUAUUUUUUCUGGGAUCAUCUUCAGUAAUUUCAUCGUCAACUUUGUGGUGACGACUGUCUUCCUCGCAUUCGACUUCUGGACCGUCAAGAACGUCACAGGGAGGUAUGUAUGCACGUAGACGGCACCGGAUACACAGUGCGUGCCAGGCAGAUGGCGUCGGUCUCUCUGUGCCAGGCUGUUGGUGGGCAUGCGGUGGUGGAACGACAUCAAGGAAGACGGGACGAGCGAAUGGAUAUUCGAGUCACUCACGGUGAGAGCAUGCCUUGUCGAACGGGCGAGGGGAUGGCUGGCCACUCCUCUGUGUCUUGUUGUCUUGGUGGGGCGGUGCGUCUGGUUGUAUGUAGGACGAGCGUCAGAUCAAUUCGACCGACAAGAAUGUGUUUUGGGCAGGUCUGUGGCUGUGGCCUGUCGCAUGGGUCGUCUUCCUGUUCGUCGAAAUAUUCAGACUGCAAUUCACAUAUGUGAGGCAGACAGCCAGGCGGCAGCGCCGCACGCCGAUUGAUGGAUGCAUCGCUGAUCUCCUGUGUGCCUGUUCAGCUGCCGAUCCCCAUUAUGGGUCUCAUUCUGGCGGGUUCAAACACAAUCGGAUACUGGAAAUGCAGCAAAGGUGUGUUCACGCGGCCACGCAGACGAUCUGCACAGACCAUGUGUACACAAUGCGUGUGAUGUGAUGUGAUGUGAUGUCGCUGGGACAGAUGCGAAAGACAAGGUGCGCCAGUGGGCUCAGCACAACGCGGUGCGGGCGGUCGUGGGCUCAGUCAUCUAGCUGGUCAAGAUUGGGGUCCGUGCAAAGUGUUGAUAGAUGAACCGAGUACAUACACACGCGACGGCAGAUAAUUAAGAAGAUAUGUGGAAGCGACAGGAGAGAGAGGGGGAGGUUUUUGCGUCACCUACCUUGUGUGCAUUUCUCUCUUCGUUCGUGCCCUUCUCUUCGGUCAUCCCUAGCACUGACUGUCAGACCAUUGGUCUUGCCGCAUGCUGCGUGAUUUAAUUAACACCUAGUCUGUUUG